CAAUUGUCAUUGGUGUUUGAUUUCUGCUGACUUUGCGUUUGUAUUGCUUUUAUUUUUUGUUUUUUCAUAAUUUCCUAUCCAAAACGAAUGGUUUGCAAAGAUCUUUAUUAUUAGGAUGACCAUGGAAAGGAGGAUAAAGUUAAAAACUUUAAACAGUCACAUUACUUGUAAGAUUUGCCGCGGAUACUUCAUCGAUGCUACUACGGUCACUGAGUGUCUUCAUACGUUUUGUAAAAGCUGCCUUGUGAAACAUCUAGAGGAAAAUAAUACUUGUCCAACAUGCAACAUAGUGAUACACCAAUCACAUCCACUUCAGUACAUCAGUUUCGAUCGCACCAUGCAGGACAUUGUAUACAAACUAGUACCAGACCUACAGGAUAAUGAAAUUAAGAGAGAGCGAGACUUUUACCGUGCAAGAGGUUUACCAUGUCCUAAGGAUGCUGCUCUAGCUGCAGACAAACCUGGUGCAGGAGAUGAGCCAGAACAGCAAGAUAAUAGUGAUUGCCACAGGAAAGAUGAACAGGUGAAUGUAUGUUUGGAGUGCAUAUCAACAUCACUGAGAACACUAAAGCGUGGUUUUAUCAGAUGUUCAGCGCAGGCAACUAUCACACACCUUAAGAAAUUCAUAGCUAAGAAAAUACUAAACGGUAUUGAGAAAUAUAGAGAAAUUGACAUUUUAUGUAAUGACGAAUUACUAGGUAAGGACCACACAUUGAAAUUUGUUUACGUGACUAGGUGGAGGUUCCGAGAUCCACCACUUCGGUUGCAGUAUAGGCCCAAAAUAGAUAUAUAGUUUUACAAUUUAAGAAGAUUUAUAAUAUUUACUAUAGGACUCAUUUUUAUGCAGUUAGGUUUUAACCAAAAUGUGACAGGGAGUCGUUUCUUUAAUUACCACAUAUUGUAUUAGAUUUUAAGCGUCUUCGGAAUCACAUAAUUGGAAAGCUGUUCCCACAAAAUAUUGCAGGUUGAUUAGGAUUCUUUAUAGCUAUCAAGUUAUAAUAUAGUGUAUUAAUUUCACAAUAUGGUUUAGUUUUUACAUAAAAUCAGUUUUGACUUACAUCUGUUGACAUCAUAUUCUUAUGCAACGCCAAUGUCUGCUAUCAUGGUAGAUCAAAAAUAUAUCUAGAUUUUAUUUAAUUACUAUUUCCACAUCACAUGACAAUGAAAUACAAACUAAAAUGCUGUUGUUGAAAAAUUUAUGAUCAAAUAUACAAUCAGUCCUAAUUAUUAAUAAUACAAUCAGUCCUAUCAUAUUAGAAUAAGUUUGCACUGCUAGUAAGAACUAUAUUCUUCUGUAAAUAUUAUUUUUAUGUUACUCACUUUAGAUAUUAAUUUAAU